AAGAUGUAGAGUUCAUGUCCAGUACAGAAAAAUAUGAUCUUCACUCUUUGUCCAAAAAAAGAAUAGAUUAUACCAUUUACACAGUGUAAAUCAGAAGAAAUUCUCUUAACUAGUUUUGUUGCACCCCUAGUUUGAGCAAUGUAUGAUUCAUGAAUGUGGGAACUCCAAAGUGCAAAAGAGGUAGCAUGAACACUUACUCUUUAAAAUUAAGUCUUCUCACACUGUAUGUACUUUCCACAGAGCUUUGCCCCAGUGGCCUUUGUAAGGCCUCCAAGACACAUUUGGAACUCAGAGAGGGUAUCUUAAAGGCGUGUAACAGGAUCAGGAUUCCUGGCAUUAUUUGAAGUGUGGUUGGAUUAGGCUGUUUGUUACAAAGCGAUCAAGUUAGGUUCUUCCCUUUCCAUAGGGACAUACUUGCUCACUAAAACUAUCUAGGUUUAUUUUGGAUUUCUGGCUGAGUUAGAAAGCAGGGGAGAGCAUUAUAAAAUGCUUCACACAGGACUAAACUGGGCCAGUCUUGUGUGGAUGUUAUGCAAAUAUACAUAUGUUGACUUACGGGUCACCUUGUGACCCCCUAGUGAAACACUUGCCCUGCUUGUCACAAGCCCUAAACAGCUAAUAAGACCAUACAAGGGUCAAAAUUAUCCUCUCUGCUGACUUUGGGAGCCACUACAUAACUCAAAAAGGUGGCAAGCUCACCAUGUCAUGAAAAUAAACAAGGCUAAAAAUGCAGUCUCUCCCCUGCAAAAGUCAUCCUGAGUCUUAGAGGAUGUACCCUCUUACUCCCCAGAGAUAUGAAAUUCUCCAUUCUCCACUGUUGACUCAGGGUCUCAAAACAAGAAUUGCAUUACAGGCAGCUCAAGCCUAUUUCUACCUUCUCCUUGAUAAUCAAUUAGCAUUUUCCCAGCCAACACCUCCCUAGACAGCACAGCAAAAGCUCAGUGUAGAUGAAGGUAAGCUAUCCAACUGCAUUGAGUUUAAAAAUAAAUAAAUAAUCAAAGGCUGGUUUGUAAAAGAUACUGAAGUGCUUUAUAAAUAUAAGUAACUAAAGUUUCAGAGGGAGUGAAAUGAUAUGAACCCAAGAGAAGUACCUAUAGAUCUAUCUAUAUCUUAAUUUAUAAGGUAUUUGUCAGGCACCAGCCAUGGCAGAAUGUAAACAUGAUGUGUACGAAUGAUGAUUCACCUUUGGCUACUUUAUACGUAAGUGAUUUAUUAAUCCCUCUUCCAUUAGCAUCAGACUAUGAUCUCACCCUUAUGAUAGCCAAUGUGCCAUUUGCUAGAGACAGGUGGACCUCAACCCAUCUGGAGAUUCAUUGCAGAUGAGAUAAUCUCAAAGGAUAAGAUUUUGCCCUACUAAAAUUAAUACUAGAAUUUCAAUAAACUUCUAAUAGAUUCUUAAAUUUCACAAAACUGCUUUAAUUUUCCUUUUUUUUUCUUCUUUCCUCCAGACUGCAGUCUAAAAAACUGUGCCAAAGCUCUCCUCAACCAACUUUUCUCUAAGAAUCUUUGCAAUUACCAAAGAUAUUGUAAGGAAAAUGUCCUUUUUGGUAAGCCACGACUUAGGUCCAAGUCACACUAUUAACAGAAGAAAGAAGACUUCAAAAAAAAUACUAGCUUUCUCUUGUGAAACAAUCAAGUCUCUCUCAAACUCAGAAAAGUUUUAGGUUAGAUUACUUGAUUAUAAAUGUACAGCAUCUUCCUUGUUGGGCUGUACCAGUCUACCUUCUGAUUAUGCUUAAUCUGUGCUAAAGAACCGAGAUGUAAUUCAAAAUAAAAAACAAAAGCCAUAUUGAAGUAGGGCUCCUUGAGGCAGGGUGUCUUGAAUUCACUAGGUGGGGAGAAAGGAACUUCCCUCAUUUAUGGAACACUGCUUGCACCAAGUGCAUUCACAGUGCUUAAAACAAAGGAUAACAUCUCCACUGUGGAGAAGCUGCAUACUUCAGGUUGUGAAGAAACACAUCAAAUAAAUCCAGUAAAUUUGUUUAGGUGAGCAGGGUGCAAUCUCCAACCCUGGAAUCAGACAAGAACAUUAACAUGAGCAGCUUCUUUAUGCCAAUAAUACCCUGGACCUAUUAUCAGCAAGAGAGGCCUCAAUGUUGCAUCUCCUGUGAAUAAUACCUAAACAAACCACUCAGCUUCUUCUCUUCCAUCGCUGGAUUUCCUUCUGAUAUUUUGAAAAAACUGUGAUCAGUUACUAAAAGCUUGAGCUUGAUAACCUCAGUCAUAGAGACAAAUUUCAAUACAUUCACAUGCUCCAGAGGGAAAUCAUUAUACCAAGUGCACUUUUGAAAGGUCACUGAUAGAUAGGUAUUGCAGGUAGAUGUGACAGAUAGAUACAUAUGCACAGACAGAUAAAUUGCAGCUCAUAUCCCCUCUGCUGCUCCACUGAAUGGGCCUUCCCUCCUGUGUCCACAUCUAUCCCAUUUGCCAUGUGCUAAGGAUGGUAUCACAGACAUUGUGAGUUUUAACACACACAGACAAGCAUCUCUCACUCUGCUACAGCCAAGUAAAAUGAAUGAUGACUAAAAUGGACAGUUAAGGCAAUGUUAGAAUCUGACUAACAGCAUCUAAUGAGCUCCAGGUGCUUUUUCUUUUGGCAUAAUUUGAAAUAUAACAUUUGAAAGCACUGCAUGCCAUUCAGUUCUUCCAGUUCAAUCUUGCAUUCUGGAACCAACCAUUAUGUCAAUGGUCUCCAAGGGUGUAGCACUCCUGUUGCUUAGUAACAGUAACUUGGUAAAUUUCAUAAGCUGCAGAAGGAGCACUGAAACGCAGGACCCUGGAGUUGGGGAAACCCUUUUGCCACUCCUCACUGGCAUGCUCACACCAGCCUCUCGAAGAGCUGCCAUUUUCCAUCAAGGAAGUACAAUUCAGAAUUCACAGGGCUGUGGAAAGGAAACAGUCCUGUGUUUCAUGCUCAUGGGUUCAUUUACAGACUGAAAGACUAAUUCAUUAUUCAAAGAAGAGCAGACAGAGGAGAACAGCACAGUAACAGAAUGUGAAUGCUCAGCCCACGCUACUGAGAAAAACCAAGCAGCCUGUGACAUCUGCACCUCACCCUCUGAACCUUCUGAGCUACUUUAGCCGAGUCUGGUGUGCCUGUCUGUCAGCAGAGAGAUGCCCAAGGGAAAAGGUCCACAAGGGAAAAGGAUCACCUUGAAAGUGGCCAAAAAUGCAGUCCGGGUACUUUUUAAUGGAAGGCGCCGUCUUGAGUUAGGCAAAAUGGGCAUUGCCACCUUCCCCAAGUGCAUUCUGGAGCUGGCUGACGUGGAAGAACUUGAUUUGAGCAGAAACUUGUUAAGAAAGAUUCCAAACACCAUUGAGAAGUUCCAGAAUCUGAUGUGGCUGGACCUGCACAGUAAUCAGAUUGAUGAGCUGCCCGCAGCAAUAGGCACACUUCAGAACCUUACUUUCCUGAAUUUAUGCAACAACAAGUUGACCACAAAAGGUCUACCACAAGAGUUGACCCUUCUCAGGAACCUGCGUACUCUCAACCUUGGCUUGAACUGCCUUGAGACUAUUCCCACCACUCUUGGGUCCCUGAGGGAACUUAUUGAGCUAGGUCUCUUUGACAACUCCUUGACCAUCAUCCCAAAGAGUGUGAAAAAGCUCCCCAAGCUUGAGAGACUGAAUGUAAAAAGAAACCCUUUACCAGAAUUUGCGGAGGAAGAAAAGCCAAUUGACACCGUUAAACGCAUAGAAUCGCUUUACUUAAUUGAAAAGAAAGACCUUUGUGGUUCCUGCCUAGAGACGUGUCAGGGCGAGAGGGAUGAGCUGCACAAGUUAGAGGACAUGGCACCCGGCCCCUCGGAUAAGCCAAGUUUCCCUUCACUCAGUACACCAAAUUCCACUGCAAGAGAUAACCAAGAAGAAUGGAGAAUAAAAGAAGAUGAUGACAACGACAAUCCUGGAAAUAUACCAGGGAACUCUGCAGACCAUGUUCCAUGAAGUCCAGCCCAAGCUAAUAAAAAGCUGACCUCCCUCCU